AUGCCUCUAGAUGGGGUCAAGAAUAUUGUGCUGGUACUCUCUGGCAAGGGAGGUGUCGGCAAAUCUUCGGUGACCCUCCAGCUAGCCCUCGCGCUCUCCCUCCAGGGAAAAUCCGUCGGAAUCCUCGACAUCGACCUGACAGGUCCCUCAAUCCCAAGACUCGUCGGCCUCGAAGAUGCCAAGAUUACCCAAUCUCCAGGCGGAUGGCUACCUGUACCGGUCCAUGAUGCUGUUACCACACAAUCAGACUCCGCUUCAUCAUCCUCAGCAUCACCACAACCCCGCGGCUCCCUCCGCUGCAUGUCCCUCGGUUUCCUGCUCCGAGACCGCGGAGACGCCGUGAUCUGGCGAGGACCGAAGAAGACCGCUAUGAUUCGCCAAUUUCUGUCAGACGUGUCUUGGGGGGUAACGGACUACUUGCUCAUUGAUACCCCGCCUGGUACAAGCGACGAGCAUAUCGCGCUGGCCGAGCAGCUCCUCACUCUCUCCACAACGGACGCCGCCGCUGCUGCACAGGGAAACCUUCCUCACCUUACGGGUGCGGUGCUAGUUACAACCCCACAAGCUGUCGCUACCUCCGACGUGCGCAAGGAAGCCAAUUUCUGUGUCAAGACUAGCAUCCCCGUUCUGGGCGUCAUUGAGAACAUGGCCGGGUACGCAUGUCCGUGUUGCGGCGAAGUGAGUAAUCUAUUCUCCAGCGGUGGGGGAGAGGUUAUGGCGCAGCAGUUGAGCAUUCCGUUCUUGGGCCGAGUGCCUGUCGAUGUGAAGUUCGGAGAGCUGGUUGAAGGCAACAUGGAGGCGGGGAGUGACGACGAGGACGAGUAUGAAGAUAUGACGGGACAAGACAAACCCGCAGAAGCUCUCGCUGAGCCAGACACCAGGCCCCUUGUGGAAAAGUACAAGGAAGGCUGGUCGUACCCUCGAUUUGAGGAGUUCGCGCGGACUAUAAUCGGAGGCGUGCAGGCCACGACUGGGGCUCAGCAAUAA